UGGAUUCUAGAACAGAAGGUCUUUCAAAUUCCCACAAACCGUAACUUCAGCUUGCUGACAGAGUGGAGAAUAUGUUCUAAUGCUAGGCCCCUUUCUCGAUUCGCUCAGAGAGGAGGAAAAGGAAAGGAAGGCGAGGCCAGACUGGGAAGGAAAAGAGCAACAACUCCCAAGCCCGUCCCGAACGAAAGGAGGAGGAGGGCUGCCGAGGGAGCCCUCGGGAUGAAAUCCAGCGUGGGAAAGGAGUCUGCCGCCCUGCCGAUUUAAGAUUCCCUCACUCCCACCCCCAGCUGGACCGCCGCUCUGCAGAGACACCCCGCCGGACCCACUUCAGAGGCUGGGGGUGUUGGGGGAGAGGAAGGCAAUAUGCUGGAACGCAUGAGAGCGGAAGAAAAAACUCAGAUGAGAUGAAAAUAAGAUAAGGAUUGCCUCUGGCGUUUUUUUUCUUUUUUCCCCUGUACCUCAAGAGCAGAAGAAGGAGGGGUGAUUUAAGCUCAAGGAGGCAGGUUCCAUCCUACCUUUCACGGAGCAAAAACACCCCCACCUAACCCAUGCUGGUUUUUCCUUGUGUACAUCUCUUUGGUUCUUUUUUUUAAAAAAAUAUAACGUUAAAAAAAAAACAUAGAGCAAAAUCUUUGCAUUUUUAAGCUGUUUUUUAAUCAUUUUAUGAAAAUCUGCUUCUUUUAAUUUCAAAUAUAGGGGUGUGGUUUUUUUAAAAGGUUUUUCCCAUUUUUUCUGUUGCUUUUUCUACAAAGAAGGGGGGCAUCUCUUCCCCCCCAAAAGGUGAUUUUGAACUAUAAUUAUCCAACGUAUAUCUAGACGCCCAGAGAGUGAUAGGCAGUAGGUGGCUAGAUUUCCAGGGUGUUGAAUAAUUAAUUUUCUUUAAGCCAAGCAAAAGGAAGAGGUGACAGAAUUGAUUGCUACGUGACACUCGCCAAGAACUAGCAAACAGGAGGGGGGGAAAUCAGGCUGAGAAACUUAUUUUUUUCAAUUCUUAUUUUAAUUUUCACAUCAAAUUUUUUCAGCAGUGCCUAACAGCCCCUGAAAUAGCAGACCCUGAGUUUUUUUUUUAAAAAAAUCUGUUACUAUGAUGUACUUAGGGUAGCUUUUAAAAACAGGAGAGGAGACCUCAGAAGGAAUCCAAUUGGGAAACAGAGGAUAAAUUAAAUAGGAUUUAAAAAAAAAUAAUUCCUACCAUUUAGAAGAAGACAAGGGUGGUAGUGCUAGAGGAAUUGUAUAUAACGAUCAUUGCAUAUUAUUGAGGUGACCGGAGACGUUAAGUGUGAGGAUCGCUUAUUGAGCUGUCAGCCGGAGAGAAAGAGAGCUGUUCAUUUCUCCUGACAAACGCUGGGAUCUGUUUUCCUCUUAAGAGGCGGAAUCGGACACGAGUGACAAAUUCAAACUUCAGCAGAAAUCAAAAGGAGGUGUUUCGUUUGGGCCUCGUCAAGAGCCGAGAGCCAGCCCAGAGACUCGUCCACUGUGAAUGAUCAGGGGAUUCUAAGGAACGCUGCAGAAGGGGCUGCCCCGGAUGGAUCCCAGAGAGUCAACAGAAACGAAAGGGCAGGGGGAGCAUGAAUCGUACAAGCCUAAAAAAGUCAAGCCCCCCAAGGAGACAGGAACGGAAGGCACUGAUGUUGGGAAGGAAAUAACAGGGGAUGUCCCUGCACUGAACGGGCAGGACCGGGAGGUAACAAGGGUAUCAGCCUGCGAGGAAACCCCCCCUGGGCAUGGAGAGGAAAGUGCGGUGAAGGAAGGCGAAGGACAGGAAGCCAAACUCCCAGAGUCCACAGAGACCAAAGAGCCAGACUCCAAGGAGAGGGAAGAGUUGCCAGCCGAGGAAGACCGACCAGAGGGUGCUACCUCUCUGCCAAACACCCCUGUCUCCAGCCCAGCUGCUGCAUCUGGCUCUGCCAGCAGCAGCGCCGCCACUGCAGAGCAAAUCGCAGAGCCGGCCCCUGAGCCCCACCCUUCUCCCGCCAGCCAACCCGAGCCGCCUGAUUUCUACUGUGUGAAGUGGAUCAGCUGGAAAGGGGAGAGGACGCCCAUCAUUACACAGAGUGAGAACGGGCCCUGCCCACUCCUGGCCAUCAUGAAUAUCCUGUUCUUGCAGUGGAAGGUGAAGCUGCCUCCCCAGAAAGAAGUGAUCACCUCUGACGAACUGAUGGCUCAUCUCGGAGAUUGCAUCUUGUCCAUCAAGCCCCAAAAACAGUCGGAAGUGCUCCAGCUCAACUUCCAACAGAAUGUUAACGACGCCAUGAUGGUUCUUCCCAAACUCUCCACGGGGCUGGAUGUGAACGUGAAGUUUACGGGAGUCUCUGAUUUCGAGUACACCCCUGAAUGCAUCGUCUUUGACCUCCUCAACAUGCCUCUUUAUCAUGGAUGGCUAGUGGACCCACAGAUACCGGAGGUGGCUCAGGCCAUCGGGAAGCUGAGUUAUAACCAGCUGGUGGAGAAGAUUAUCACCUGCAAACACUCCAGCGAUCCUAAUUUGGUGACGGAAGGCCUGUUAGCGGAGCAGUUUCUGGAGUCCACAGCUUCUCAGCUUACCUACCACGGCUUGUGCGAGCUCACAUCCACGGUCAAAGAAGGGGAGCUGAGCGUCUUCUUCAGGAACAACCACUUCAGCACCAUGAUCAAGCACAAGAGCCACCUGUACCUCCUGGUGACCGACCAGGGCUUCCUUCACGAGGAGCAAGUCGCCUGGGAGAGCCUGCACAACGUGGAUGGGGACAGCUGCUUCUGUGAUGCGGAGUUCCACCUCAGCCACGCCCUGGGCAAGGAGGCGGCCAGCGGAUCCCCAGAGGAGCAGCACCUUAACCAGAGGCAGGUGGACCAGGACUACAUGAUUGCCUUGUCUCUGCAACAGCAGCAAGGCGGGCCCACUCUGAGCGACCUGGAGCUUGCCCAACAACUGCAGCAAGAAGAAUAUCAACAGCAGCUGCCAUCUGCCGUGACCCCUCCCGCACAGGGGAGAACGCCUCCACCGCCCCGCUCUGCUGGAGAACGCAGGCAGCGUCAAAAGCAGGAUUCGGAUUGCGUUGUCCUGUAGUGCCAAGCCGAGGGGGUGACCCCGAGUGCCCAUUUCACAACCCACGGAGUCUGCCGCGGAGAAGGUCACGCACGCAUCUCCCAUUCUGUAUGCAUUUAAGAAAAAAAGACUGCUCUUUUUAAAAAUCACCCCGUUCUGGGGCUGAAACCAAAAUUAAAAAGUGGGGAGUAAGCUAACCUUUUUUUGGGGGGGGGGAACGCAACAAACUUCUCCUGAGUCUUUGAUUGUUUUCCUCCAUUGCCAUCACCCCUCCAUCAGCACAGCCCCCCCGUCAUUAUUAUUUGGUGGGAGGGACUUACACAGAAGACAAGGAUAAAUGACAAGACAUCAAAACAGGAGGAGGGUGUCCGCUGCCCAGGUCCACCCCAACCACAGAGGCAAUCUAGACCAGGGGUUCCUAAACUGGGGCCCACGAGCGUCCUUCAGGACAUGUGUGGCAAGUCCACAUUGUACAUUCCUGUUGAUUUUUUUUCGUUGUGUCUGUGUUGCUGCCUUUUAUUUCUCGACUUAUAUCGCAUUAGGAUUUGAAUUCUGUGGGUUGCGAAUGGGAACGCAAUAAAACGCAGUGUGUAAGAGAGAACAGAAGCUGCCAAGAGACAAUUAAAAACUGCAUCUAGCCACAGAGCCUGACAAUGUCUACAAAUGGCAGUGGGGGGGGAUCAGUAAGUGGUCUGCCAAGACCCUCAGCAAUUUUCAAGGUGUCCGUUGGGGAUGGGAGUUUGGGAAGCUCUGAUCUAAAUGAUCUUCUAGACCGGGAGGGUGACAUUUGUGGCCCUCUAGAGGUUGUUGGACCACAACUCCCGUCACAUCCCUGACCAUUGGUCCUGCUGGCUGCUGGGAGUCCAACGACCUCUGGAGGACCACAGAUGUUUCCCUGUCCCGGUGCAGCACCACUUGCAGAAUCCUAGGGGUGUCCGCAACGGCUGUGCAGCCUUGAAAAGAAAGGCAGCCGACUUCUGGCCUCUUCCGGGAGGUGGGUGGAGGUGUUUCAGCAGUAUGUGGGCUGGACCAGAUUUCCCUUUUGGAAAGAGAAGGCAGGCCAAGGUUCAAUCCCCAACAGCAUCUCCCGAGACUCCCUGCCUGAAAUCCUGGAGAGCCGCUGCCAGUCAGUGUAGACAGUACUGAGCGAGAUGGUCCAAUGGGCCUGACUCAGUAUAAGACAAUUUCUUGCAUUCCUAUUGACACCAGCCCUUUAUGCAGAACCAUGAGGACUGGAGCCUUACUUUAUUGUUAGCAGAAGGGCUGUAGCUCAGAUUCCAUCCCCGAUGGUGGCUCUAGGUAAGGCCGGGAAUGCCCCCCCCCCGCUUGAAACCUUGGAGGGCCUCUGCCAGUCAGUGUAGACAAUACUGAGGUAGAUGGGACCCCCAGUUUGUUUUUCUCGGCACAAGGCUGCACUUCUUUUCUCUGCGCUUUUGGAAGAGGCUCACGGAGGCCUCUUAGAGCAGCCUCUUUCCAUGCCAAAGUUCCCAGGUUCAAUCCCCAGCAUCUCCAGUUGGGGGAAAAAAAGGAGACUACCGCACGGCACAGGAGUGAGGAACCGUUGGCUUUCCAGAUAUUUCUGGACUACAACUCCCGUCAUCCCUAGACCUUGGCCAUCCUCGCGGGGGGCAAUGGGAGUUGCAGUUCAGCCACAUCUGGAGGGCUGAAGGUUCCCUGCCCGACGUAGCAGGUGACUGAAAAGACCCCUCUCUGCCUGACACCCUGGAGAGUCGUUGCUGGUAGGUUACCAUAACGCUGGCUUAGAGAAAAAUAAAGAGUCUGGCCCAAGCAGCACACGCACCGUACUUUGCAAGCACCUUUAAAGCACAUGGCUUCCCCCAAAGAAUCCUGGGAGCUCACCCUUCGCAGGAGCUACAAAUCCCAGCACCCUUAACAAACUACAGCUCCCAGGGUUCUUUGGGAGGGGGCGGAACUGUUCUUUAAGUGCAUAGGGUAUGCGCAGGCUCUCUGUGGAGGUGGAUUUCUGUCUUCUCUGCAGCCCCGGGUGGGUGGGGGGCAUAAUCCAGAAUCUUUGGGUCUCUGUCGGGCAUCCAAAGGGAGUGGCAUGGUUGGAAAGGGAAGGAGCUGAGGAAAGGAGACACUUUAAAAAUUCUGGGCUACUCAUCGGGCAGCAUAUGGCAAAAUGGGGGAUUUGAUUUCGCCUAAGCUAAUUCAGCCACAGUACUGUGGAGCUGUACCCCUAAGAACUUGAGGGAUGGCGGGGAGGAGAGGGAAAGGCUAUGUACACCCCAUACAUCUAAACCACAUGGCUUCCCCCUGAGAAUCCUGGGAACUGUAGUCUAGCCCUCACAGAGCUAAUUCCCAGCACCCUUAACAAACUUAAGGUUCCCACGAUUCUUUGGGGGGGGGGUCAUGUGCUUUAAAUGUAUGGUGGGUACACAGCCAGCGAUUCACAAACUGCGCACGGGCAGAGGCAUUCGUUUCUAGCAGUGGCAGCAUGGAGAGCUGGCACAGGGGGACAGUCCCGACUCAUCUCCAAAAGGGAAGCGUUUUCGCUUUUAAGACAAGCCUCUCUAAUGUACGGCUGGGGAACCUUUUUUCAAUCUGAGGGCCACGUUCCCCUAGUCAGCAGCCUUCCAAGGGCUAUGUGCCAGUGGGUGGAGUAACGAAUGUCUGCUCCACCCACUUUGUACAGCAGGCUGUCUUCUACCCACACACACACACACACACACACGUACCCCUCUCUAACCGUCUGGAGAAGCAAGAGGCAUGCUCAGGACUCAAGGGCACAUUCCAGCCAGGCGAAAACACUCGGGGCCAGAGAGAGGCUGUGGUCUGAGGCUAGUUUUGAGGAUCAGAGGCUUGGAGGGCUGCAUCUCCCCAUCCCACUGCCUGAGGUUCCACACACUUGUUCUGAAUGACGUGCAAGGGAUGUUAAGCAUGACAAUGGAUAUUUCUCCUGUUUUAGCUCUGAUAGGACCAGUCGGCAGGAAAGUGGGUUAUAUUCAUUGGCUAUAUGUUGGCAGCAGUGGUCAGUGAGGCUUAAGAGCGACACGAGCGGGGCAGGAACUUCAGCUUACAAAUUCCUUUAAAAUCAGUUUGGACCUGUGUUCUCAGAAUACUGCCCAAGAAAUUGGCGGGUGGGGUGGGUUGGAAGGGCGAUGCUCCAUCUUUGGGGUGCCACCCAAAUAUGAAAACUACUCGAUUAAUCAUCUGUGCUUUUAGUUGGUUGAUCAAUUAAAAUCUGGAAAAAAGUUUACAUUUGAAUAAAUUGAAUAAAGGAAA